GACCACUCGUCUCGUCGGCGUCCAACAAGUGUUAGCAGGAGCCCAGGAGCCUCGGCCACUCCGUCGGCAGCAGCAGCUCAAGCUGAGAAUGCACCACCUCGAGCUCGAACGGCCUCUUUUCAGCUGCUGCCCUCCAUCUCGGAAACCUUGAUUGUGGGCGACAACAAUGAAUGGCUGUUCGCAGAAGAUCUCCCGGCGGAGCCUGACCGACUGCAACUUCUCUUCAACGCCUACUUUGAUCAAACGCAGGCGAUCAACCAGUUUCUGCAUCGUCCCUCGUUCCUGCGUGCCUUUGCGGACGGAGGGCUCGUUGAAAAAUAUGGGUCGGCUCUCCUGCACAUCGUUUGCGCACUUGGUGCCAUACACUAUGCGGCAAAAGAGGCCCCGAUCACCUCGACGGACGACCAUCCGGGAAAGGCUUGGGUCGAAAAGGCUCGUGCAACAGUACUCGAUAAGAUCGGAGAGGUGAACAUUCCCAAUCUCAUGACUCUGGUCCUUCUUUGGCACUACAACCAUUGCCACGGAAACUCACAGAGCUCCAGCCUCAGCCUGAUGAUUGCGGCGUGCUGUUCUCGUGCCCUCCAGAUCCUGAGACUCGACGUGGUCUCACCCGGCGAUUCGGAGAUUCAAGGCCCUCCCGAGCGAGUCACUGAGGAGGAGUCGCGACGGCGACUGUUUUGGGCUUGCUGGUAUAUCGACAUCAAUGUCGCUGCCGGCGUGGACCGUCUAAUCACGACGUCGAGGAGGCUACCCGUCGUCCCACUCCCGCGAUGCGAGCACGACUACAUUUAUCAGAUCCCGACGCCGACGUGCAGGUUGGGCCCUGAUGCCUCGGCCGAAAGUGGCACGGCGAACGCGUGGGAACGACAAGGUCUGGAGGCGUGGAACCUGAGGAUCACCUACUUGAGAGGGCUGACUCUGCAGUGCGUCCGGGACGGAAACGCCUCCCCCUUGCCCUGGAACCGAGGCUCCCCCUUCCUCCAGCUGGUCGACCAGCUCCAGGAUUGGGCCAGGGUCCUUCCCGGCCAUCUCCAGCUCACCGAACAAAACAUGUUCGUCCACCACGACCAGCGUCGGCUUUCGUCCUUCAUGGGCAUGCACCUGGCCUUCCACGUCUGCCACUGCGACCUCUUCCGUGUCAUGAUGCCGGGAUACACUUUCCCCAUCGCCAACGCGCUGGAAGAUGCGCCCGCCGAUUUCGUGCGAUUCUUCCAACGGGACUGCAAAUACCACGCCGAGAUGAUCACCAAGGUGUUUCAGAUGGCACUGACGUACGGCAGGGACGUCCGUGGCGAGAUGCUGUGCCGCGUGUCGGCCUACGAAUCCAGCCGGAUCCAGAUGCUCGCCACCAAGCUGGAAGAGCCCACCGACCAUCAUUCUGGUUCCUCCGAACGGGAAGGGUUGCGGCGAGCGCGACAAAAUCUGGACGUCAACUUUUCCGUUCUCGAUCUGGUCGUGCCGGACCCCGAGCAAAAGGAAAAGUGUUUUCGGUCCCUAUUGCGCCUGGCUCACGACACCCCCCUGGCCGGCCAUGCCACCAGGUGGUUCUGUCAAGCGGACGGCAAUGGCGGCGGUGUCGGCGUCGAACCACACCACCACCAUACGGCGUCGGCAACGGCGAUGCACCUUGUCGGUGGUCCUGAUACCGCCGACUCUGGCAAUGGUCCUGACCACCCGGCUUCACAAGAGCAUCUCCACCCCCUAGCUUUGUUCCGUCUCGCUUGGACCGAAAUCACCAGUGCCACCUCACCUCCUGCGUCGAUCAUCACCAACAACACCACCACUACUCCGAGAUCUCAACCCGACUUGUCCAUUUCGGCGGCGACAAACACUCGCAACACUAAGAAGGCGAGACCGCCAACCUCUACGACGGUCAACUUGCAAGAAACGACCUUGCCAGUCUUUCCUCCACCUGCUACCACAACUACAACCACGACGCAAACCUCGCUGUCCGUGUCGGCAUCCGCCCGGGGUAGAAACGACGACAAUGACAACACACAGCAGCAGCUUACCUCGCCACCAGCACCAGCACCACCGCUCGGAGGGUUCGAACCUUCACAAGAACAACAACAACCAGUCCAAAUGUCGAUGCCAUUUUACCAGUGUCCAGUCGGUUUCACCGGUUUUGAUCCUUUUGAACCGUGGGAACUCUACGAAAUGUAACAGUGACCGCGAGUGUGUCUUUGCCGAACGCAAAGCAGGGGAGGGAGAGCUUUGACGACUUAUCUAUGGUCGAAGCCUCAAAGUAUUGUUUAUGAUGUUGAUGACGAUGGAGCCGAAUAUUGAUGGGUUGGUUAUCCAUCUGUACAACUCUUCUGAGUUAUGUAGAGGUUUAGAUGCUUUCGGUUCCUAUGGAGUAUGCUUCGCUAAACACAGUCAAUC